AUCUCUUCAAGUGCAAGUGAUCAAAAUUCCUCCGUCUCUUGACGCCCGUUACGACAGCGCAGUAUCACCAACAAAAUAUCAGCAUACCAUCAGCAUUACAUCCACACCCUCCUCCAGCGCCCUUGGAAACGACCCAAUGACUGCGACCAGUCGCGAUCCCCCCACAAGUGGGCAUGACGGUCACGACCAUCGAAACCCUCGCUUCGUGAAUGGUCGUGUCGGUCAUGGCCAUAAAGACCACGCUUCUGCAAAUGGGCACGCCAGCUCCGACCACCAAGACCAUCCUCCCUCGAACGGACACAUCCUUCAUGGCUAUUUAAACCAUUUCUUACACAAUGGAUAUGCCACUGACGGCCAGCUAGCCAGCUUAGCGAACGGUGCGAGCGAUGUGGACAUGUCAAGGGAGUUUCUGGCUACCCUCGACACCUAUAACUCUAUGCACACCGACAUGAACAAGGGCCUGAACCUCUUGAUGGAUGUUUACCGCGACAAGAAUGACAAACUCAGAGAGUAUGACGAGCACCAUUUGAAAAUGUGGUCCAAGCUUGAAGAAUAUGAAAAAAAGAUCCGCUGCCUGGAAGCAAAAAACCGGGCUCUGAAUGACUCCCCCAACGCAUUCGCUUGCCUAAUCAUUGAUGGCGACGGAGCGUUGUUCCACGACGAGUACAUAAUCCAAGGCGAGGAGGGUGGCCGCGAGGCUGCCCAUGAGCUUCAUUCAGCUCUCAAGACAUUCUUGGAGUCGACCAAUAUGGAAGACCAUAUCAAAUUCAUCGUGGUCAAGAUAUACCUGAACGUGGAAGGCCUCUCCAGAGCCUUAAUGGAGUCCGGUAUCAUACAUGAGGACGAUAAGCUCACAAAGUUUGGUCGCGGGUUUUGCCAAGCUCAGCCCUUCUUUGAGUUUAUCGAUGUCGGCCACGGAAAGGAAAAGGCAGAUCUCAAGGCCACAAAGCACUUUGAACUCAUGGUGAACCUGAAGGAUUGCAAGCGCGUGAUGCUGGCUGGGUGUCAUGACAAUGGCUAUGCCACGUCGCUUGAGGAGUACAGCAGAUGGGCAACUGACAAAAUCACCCUCGUGGAGACGACCCCCGCCGCAAACGGUAUCGCAAAACUGAAACAAGAUUUUGACUUUCAGCAAUUUCCAGACAUUUUCCGCUCCGAGCCUCUCUGUUCCAGGAAGCGCCACCAACAGAGCCGCAGCACCAUCACCUCGUUCGGCACCAUCGAGCCAUUUCCUAGCCCUUCGUCAACUUAUGCCACAAAGUUCAAUGGCGGUCCUUCAUCAGCCGCUCUCACGAAGAGGCCCAGCCCGCCUCCAGCUGCCGCUUUCGGUUUCGCAGCAUCCAACUCAGGCGACUCUCAGAGUGAGGACAACCAAGCACCAGAAGACAAGGGCAGACAACCAGUUCUGAGCUAUGCCAAGGCCGCAGGCACCCAAUCUGUGGGCUAUAUCAAAGUCGGUCGCCUGGCCAGCAGCAGCGACGUGUUGAUGGGCAAAUGCCGCAACCCACAACCCCCCAAGACGGAGAAGAGGUACUUCUUCCUCAACAAAGCCCAGCAGCGCGUCGAUUAUCCCUUGUGUAGAGCACCCGACACCAAAGUACGCGAAGAGGUUGAAGAGAAAAUAAGGAAGAAUCGCGCCAACUUUUGCAACGGCUACCACCUGAUCAAUCGAUGCAAGCACUUGGCUGAGAACCAUCACGGUCCUUGCGAUUAUACCCAUGGCGAGCCGCUGAGUAAGGAGGCGAAAAAGUAUCUCUGGUAUAAAGCAAGAAGUGUGGUUUGCAAAAACGGAAGUGAUUGCAGAGAGGAUUAUUGCCUUGCCGGUCACCACUGUGCCUGGGGGAAGGAUUGCCGGUACAAAGAUGAUUGUCGGUUCAAAAAGAUGCACGGUAUUGAUCUUGAACGCUUCUAUGUUGUCCACGAGGGUGAUCCCUGCCCCAAGCCGAUUAGAAGGGUCUAGUCCUUCACUCCCACUUCCUGAGUCUACCUAGGCAUGGGGGAAGAUCCCGUCAGGGAGAGAAAGACGGCCCGGACUUGGAAGGAAGGCAUGAUGCCUUUGACCUUAACCACUAUGACAACAGCGGUUGGAGGACAGCGAGGUAGAGGCCAACAAGAUGCAUCGAGGUAGAUUUGACACACGGGUCCAUUGUCGGUUGAAGAUACAGCUGACGGUCCCAGUGGGUCGUUUACGCAAGGUACAUGAUUUACUUUGCGAAGAAUACACAGAGAGCGUCUUAGCCUGUUGUAUGGGGGAGGGGAUAUAAAGAUUUGGGGUUUAUGCCGAAUCUGAAAGAAUCUCGUGAGUAAUCGAGUAGCAAAGCUUUUCUACCAGGUACAGGACAACGAAGCUGGAACAGACAUGUUUUCGUAGUUCAAUACAGAUAGGCUACAGCAUGGAACAAAACAGAUAGGAACUCGAGCACCUUCGGUUUGUUUUGAGGC